CAGGAUUAGCCUGUCGACUUACUUUUAGACCUGAGUCUUGAGAACAAAGUUGAUUAACAAAAAUUUACAAAUUAUAUCUUUUUCUUUCCUCCUGUUUUACAAUAGGCUUCUCAGCAGUAAAAUAAUAUGGCACAAGAUAAAUUAAAUGUAACCUUGGCUACUGGUGUUGUGGGGUGGAACACAACAGUGAAUGGCCAGUUAGUUAUUGAACUUGCUAAAAAUCCAAAAGUGAAGGUGACAGGACUUGUGCCAAGCAGCACCCAGGAACAGAAAGAACAGGCCAAAAAGUUAAAUGUUGACCUUGUGGAUGCCAAAGAGCGAGCUGGAUUUUCAGCAGAAGAACGGCUGUCUUUCCCUCCAGAAAAUCUUGAAAUUGACAUUUUGAUUAUUCACUCAUAUGGGCUUCAUGAAGGUAAACAUGCACAGAACAUCAAAGAUGCUAAGAAAUGUAAAUGGCUUCACAUCAUUCAUACCAACAGUGAAGAACUGGCUAAAUUUAUGGACAUUCCCAUGAAAGAUGAACAGAAGAAGGAGUAUGAACUGCAACUUACAUUGUGUAACAUGGCAGAUGCUGUGAUUGCAGUUGGCCCCAAAGUAGCUGAUGCCUUCAGAUCUGCACUGCGUUAUGGUGGAAAGAGCAAGGAUGUCAUUAAUUUAACUCCAGGCAUCAUCUAUGAAAUGCGAGAUAUUCGGCUACACCACCAACCUGAGGAAAUCUUCCGCAUCUUGAUCAGUGCAACAUAUUUUGCCAAGUAUUACAAAGUAAAAGGGCUUGACAUUGCCGCUAAAGCAAUCUCACUCUUGCAAGAGGUAGAUUGCUAUCUGAUAUUUCUUGUCACCCCAAAUGAGGACACAGAAGUCCUCAGUAAGCGACUCCAUGAGGAAGGGAUUGACCUGAACCAGUUUGCUGUUCGACAUUUUCAAAAUAGCCUGGAGAACUGGAAGCAGCUUCUGUGUGAAGUGAAUCUUAUCAUUAUGCCUUCACGAACGGAGGGUUUUGGGACAAGCAGCCUCCGUGCUAUUUCUGCAGACCUUCCAGUUCUUGUCAGCCAGAAUUGUGGUCUUGGAAUGGCUCUGAAGAAAUUACCCUCGGGAGGAAAACAUGUAGUUAAAUCGAAUGAUCCCAAAGUAUGGUCAGAAAGGAUAAAGGGAGUCCUAGAAAAUAACCCAGAAGAUCAGUUGUCAGAAUCAAAGCAGCUUCGCCAAGAGUAUGAGGAAAAAUACAGCUGGGAGAAGCAAUGCGAUGAUCUUGUUGAAAGUAUGCUUACAAUGUUUCCAAGCAAACAAGGUGUGUUUGAUUUAUCAUAA